GUCAACAGUUAAUUAGAGAGACAGAGAGGAACUCAGAGGAAGAAUUGAAAACAAAAUCGUAACUUCUGGAGUUCUAAUCAAGUUUGAUAACUAACAAAGCCUCAUAAUCAUCGACCAAACCAUCUAAAUCAAUUUUCAUUAGAUCAAAUCUUCCAAUCUUUGAGCCUAGAAAUCCAGAAACUAAUCACAGAAAAUGGGGUUCUUCCCCUUCGCCGUUGCAGGCGCUGGAUUCAUUUUCAUCGGCGCAUGGGAAGCUUUCACGUUUUUAUCCUCAAGCCCAAACCAUAUCUCACUUCCAUCUUCACCUCUUACCUCGAUUCAGACCACCUCACCAUCUUCCAAAUCAAAUACCCCGAAAAGCCCAUCUUUUUCUUCCUCCUCCUUAUCAUUCAUCUCCAUCUCCAUAUUCUCCUUCCUGUUUGUUCUAAACUCCCUGUUUUCUUUAUUUGAUGCGGUUGACUCACGCGACCGAGUUGGCUCGGCCCUCCAAUUACAAGUUUUAGCAAUUGCUUCUCUCUUCUUGCUCUACGGAAUCAUGGGUCUUCUGGUAAAUUUCUCGAAUUCGUUUCCCUUGCCUUCUUCGUCCUAUUCGCUCGUCAGCUUAAUUGGUCUUUUCGCUUUCGUCGAAGAGUUUCUAUUGUUUUACCUCCAAGGGAAAGACCCAAGUGGAAUUGAGAAUCGUUACUUUGAUCUUUUGUUAGUGCCCAUAACCGUAUGUGUAUUUUCCACAGUUCUUGAUCUGAAAUCACCCAAAUCGAAUUUUCCCAAAUUUGCUCGUGGGGUUGGGUUAAUCUUACAGGGAAUGUGGUUUUUGCAAAUGGGUUUUUCGUUUUACACCAAUUUAAUCACACACGGGUGCUCAUUGCACGAAAAGAGCAGAGGAAACUACACCAUUAAGUGUAAGGGGCACCCUGAGUAUCACAGGGCUCGAGCUAUUGCAACACUUCAAUUUAAUUGUCACCUUGCUCUGGUAGUGCUCAUAGUUUCGAUGUUAUACUCAAUUGUGGCUCGGAGAAAUAGUAGUGGUGAUUUUUUGCAGUAUAAGCCGCUCGUGGCUGAAAUGGCGACAUUCGAGAAUCAGAGCCAGUUCACUUUGGUCUCUGAUGAUUUUCUUGAAGAAGACAUCGAAGAAGAGGAAAAUGUGACCAAGCAGAAGGCAGCUGGUGUUGUGGAAUUUGGUGUGAAUGGUCAUGCAUCACAUCAGUGAGUAUUCAGAUUCAAAAUUUAUUCAACAACAUUAUUACAUUUUGAUACUGCUAAUUUGUUUCUCCUUUUCAGUUUUGUAUAAAUGAAUUGGGAUUUGGGACCUUUAAUCUAUGCACAACUUGAGUCAUACUUUAGUUUAUUGUACUUAAAAAGUUUUGAACUCCACCCUCGUAAUGAAUACUAAUUUAGUAUUGGCUAUUGUGAUUCGUUGGGCUAAAUAUAGUUAGAAAUGAGCUAAUUUGGAUGUA